CAGGUGGCAUGUGCUCCAGAAUGCACACCGUCGUGGUGCUCAUAGUGACAUUCUACAGUGGAGGGACAAUACUAGACAGAGGACAAGUAUGCCAAGGUACACAGUGCAUGUCCGAGGGGAAUGGCUUGCAGUGCCCUGCCAAAGUGAUACCAACACAGUGAGGUGGCUGGGAAAAGAAGCUGUGAGGCGUUACAUGAAAAAUAAGCCUGAUAAUGGAGGAUUUGAUUCUGUAGAAGAAGUAAAAUUCUACGUGCGCCGUUGCAAAGGCCUCGGAUUGCUGGAUCAUGAUGAUACUUUGGAGGAUGCACUAGAGGACAAUGAGUUUGUGGAAGUUGUGAUACAAGGAGAUGUAAUGUCUCCAGACUUCAUUCCAUCACAGCCGGAAGGGGUUUAUUUAUAUAGUAAAUAUCGAGAACCAGAACAGUAUAUUUCUUUAGAUGGGAACAGUUUGACAACAGAAGAUUUAGUCAAUUUAGGAAAGGGGCUGUAUAAGAUCAAGCUAACCCCUGAAGCUGAAAUUAAAGUCAAAGAAUCAAGAGAUGUUAUUGAAAGUAUUCUAAAGGAACGGAGAGUUGUCUAUGGAAUCACUACAGGUUUUGGGAAAUUUGCACGAACCGUUAUUCCAAACAGCAAGUUAUGGGAGCUUCAAGUGAAUUUAGUACGGUCACAUUCUGCAGGUGUUGGGAAGCCUUUGAUUCCAGAGAGAUCUCGUAUGCUUUUAGCUCUAAGGAUCAAUGUCUUAGCAAAAGGAUACAGUGGAAUUUCACUAGAAACUCUUCAGCAAGUCAUCGAAGCAUUUAAUGCCUCCUGCCUGCCCUAUAUUCCUGAGCAAGGGACUGUUGGAGCCAGUGGAGACUUAGCCCCUCUUUCUCAUCUUGCUCUGGGACUCAUAGGAGAAGGAAAGAUGUGGUCACCAAAGAGUGGAUGGGCUGAUGCAAAAUACGUCCUAGAAGCUCAUGGGCUGAAACCAAUUACCUUGAAGCCAAAGGAGGGUCUGGCUCUUAUAAAUGGAACACAGAUGAUUACCUCUCUAGGAUGUGAAGCGGUUGAAAGGGCCAGUGCAAUUGCUAGACAAGCUGACAUAGUGGCUGCACUCACAUUGGAAGUUCUGAAGGGCACCACAAAAGCCUUUGAUACUGAUAUUCAUUCGCUGCGACCACAUCGUGGGCAGAUUGAGGUGGCUUUUCGAUUCAGGUCACUUUUAGACUCAGAUCAUCAUCCCUCUGAAAUAGCAGAAUCUCAUCGAUUUUGUGAUAGAGUACAAGAUGCAUACACACUACGUUGUUGCCCUCAGGUUCAUGGUGUUGUGAAUGACACAAUAGCAUUUGUCAAGGACAUCAUCACCACAGAGCUUAACAGUGCAACAGACAACCCUAUGGUUUUUGCCGAGAGGAAGGAGACAAUUUCUGGAGGAAAUUUUCACGGUGAAUAUCCUGCCAAGGCUCUGGACUACCUUGCAAUUGGUGUCCAUGAACUUGCUGCGAUUAGUGAAAGGAGAAUUGAACGACUCUGCAACCCAUCCCUCAGUGAGUUGCCACCAUUUUUAGUCACAGAAGGAGGGUUGAACUCUGGAUUUAUGAUUGCACACUGCACAGCUGCAUCCCUAGUUUCUGAGAAUAAAGCCUUGUGCCACCCCUCUUCUGUGGAUACUCUUUCAACCAGUGCUGCUACAGAGGACCACGUAUCCAUGGGAGGAUGGGCUGCAAGAAAAGCACUCAAAGUCAUUGAGCAUGUUGAACAAGUAUUGGCCAUAGAACUCCUUGCAGCAUGCCAGGGCAUUGAAUUUCUACGCCCCCUGAGAACUACGACCCCAUUGGAGAAAGUCUAUGACCUUGUGCGCUCUGUUGUCAGGCCUUGGAUGAAAGAUCGCUUCAUGUCCCCAGACAUUGAGGCAGCUCACAGAUUGCUUGUGGAUCAGAAGGUUUGGAAAGUAGCGGAACCAUACAUUGAAAAAUACAGAAGGGAGCACAUUCCUGAGUCCAGACCAAUUUCCCCUACUGCUUUUUCUUUAGCACACCAUCAUGGACAUCAUCAUAGGAACUCAGAUGAAUUUGAUGAACAGUAAAAAAAAGAAAGAGAAACAAACUUCAGUUCCUAGAAAAAUCUUUUGAGGUUUUAAGAAUUCCCAUAUUCUGUACUUUUAUUUCAAUGGGAUAAAAGAACUGGUUCCAAAGCUCCAGAUAGGCAUGGGCACUGAGAAAGUGCCGGACAAUGAAUGAUUUCACAGUGGCUUAACUCCAGACAAAAAGAAAAUGAAUAUGUUAUAUACCUAUAGCAAAUGGGGCAGGGGGAGACUAAGCCUAUGCAAAUACAACUCAUUUUGUGACUAAAGGUUAAAUACACUAAUGUCAAACUGGAAUUAGCCAACUAAAAUUAGCUGUUUUUAAUGUAUAAGAACAAUAAAUCUAAUAUUGUAAUCUUGA